GCACCCAACUGAGCCAAAGCCAGAGAAGAAGCAGAGAAGGAAGAGGAAGAUGGCAAGUCAACUACAUGAAGAGCAGCAGAUCACUAGGCCCAAAGCCAUAAAAGUCGACUCUGUGGAGACUUGGGACUUGUAUGUUUCCCAAGCCUCCAACCAAGGCUGCCCUAUUAUUGCACAUUUCACUGCUUCGUGGUGCAUGCCUUCGGUGGUUAUGAACUCAUUCUUCGAGGAAAUUGCCUCAGAUUAUUCGGAUGUUCUGUUUCUCACCGUUGAUGUCGACGAGGUUAAGGAGGUAGCGACUCGACUGGAGAUAAUGGCGAUGCCAACGUUUUUGCUGAUGAGGGAAGGUGCAACGGUUGAGAAGCUCGUGGGCGCCAAUCCGGAAGAGAUAAGGAAAAGGAUCGAGGGUUUCGUUCAGUCCAUACGUGUGGACGUUGCAUAGCAGCAGACUGCAGUGUGAUAUGAUGCAGUUUGAGGUUGUGAAAUAAGUGGUUGUGGAGGGUUUUGACACAGAUAUAUGGGUGGUAAGUUUUUCCUUUGGCUGCUGUACGGAUGAUAAGUUUGUAAUUUUUUUUCUUGUAUUCUUUCUGUCUUUUGCCGCAAAACCAAGUGCAGUGAUGUUGUAUGAUUCAUACAGGCGACCUUACUUAAUGAGAUAGUCGUUGUUGUUUGUAUUCUUUCUGUCGCUAGUGAUCAAAUAUGUGUCUUUGAACUUCAAAAGUUGUAAAUUGUGCUUGUAAAUGCAGUGGGAAAUUUAGAUGAA